UUGAAAGCAGACAACAGAUUUUGGCAGCUAUUCAGUCCAAAGGGUUAGGGAAAAGUGAAGUAGAGACAAACAAUUCACUGCUUCAACUCCAGCUGAAAGAGAGUGAAACCUGGGCUGAAAAGUUGUCUCAGACGGUCUCUGACCUGACGGCUGUUCUGAACCUGAAAGAGGCUGAACUACAAUACUGGCAAUCACGCAUGACCCAGUAUCAUCAAGAGGCUCUUACUCUGGCUAAAGGGAGCAACAGCUUGAAGGAGACCCUCGCCGAGUUCGAGUUCACCGCUGAGUGUCAGGCCAAGGAGCUAUCAGUCCUGAGGUCUGAGCAGAGAGGCCUGAAGGAGGCACUGGAGCAAGCUCGGACAGAGAAGGAAACACUUCUGCAGCGAUGGAUGGAGGAGAAGAGCGCGGAGGCAGACAGGCUGAAUAACUACAACGACACGCAGGAGCGGUGGCAACAUUUGGCCAAACAGAUGAAGAAGCAGCUCAAAAAGGAAAUGAGGAGAGAGGGUGUUCCCAGUGCACUGUCUCCAACAGAUGUUCGGGGGAUCAGUAAUGGAACAGACGCACACCAGGAGCCCACAGACUGAAAUCAGGUCUCAGCUGCAGCACCAUGUCCCUGGAGACCCCCUCGGUGGUCUCUGCUGUGUCGUCGC